AUGUCAUCUACCGGGGACAUGGGCACAGGUAAUACAUUGCCCAUUACAACAAGAAAAAAGAGGAUCAUUGGUUCAACAGGCUCUUUGCAUGAAACUUAUGGCGGUGGUGGUUGUUUUAACGAAUAUUACCACCAUAACCACCGAUGGCAAGUGUCGACGGAUGGAUGUUCCGUGAUAUGUAGAAGAAUAAAGUCUUUAUUGAAAUGUUUAAUUCCAAGGAAGAAUAAGACCAAUUGCAUUCUCACAGUUUUCAUGUUAAUAAUGGUAAUCAUCAUGUUUACCAAGUAUAUUCGCAUGAUUACCUACGAUGAUCAUGUAGCUAAUGACGAAGAUCCUAUCGUGAUCAGGCGCCAAAUUCUGGAUGAAACAAACCUUGAAAAUGUGCAGUCUCCUAGCAUAUGGAGAAAUCCCAAAAGCGAUGACCGCUACGGAUGCAUUGAUCGUUUGGGAGGUGAAACAAGAAAUCGAAGUGCUCUAACAAAUGGUUACAUCCUAGUUCAGGCAAAUGGUGGGUUGAACCAAAUGAAAAUGGGGAUAAGUGACAUGGUAGCGAUUGCAAAACUCAUGGAUGCGACUUUGGUUCUUCCAACCGUAGAUCACAAGUCAUUUUGGACAGAUCCAAGUGAUUUUAAAGAUCUCUUCGACGUCAAGCGGUUCACGACAACCCUACAAGAUGACAUCGACAUAGUUGAUUCACUUCCACCUCAUGUUGCAGGAAUCGCACCCCACCAAAAGGAUCCAGUUUCGUGGUCAAUGCCCAGUUACUAUCAAGGUGAGAUUCUUUCCCUGUUGAGGCGUCAGAAAGUGGUUAAAUUUCUUCACACUAAUUCGCGGCUCGCUAACAAUGGCAUCCCGGAUUCCAUCCAAAAGCUUAGGUGUCGAACCAUGUAUGAAGCCUUGAAAUCCACAAAGGAGAUCAAUGAGCUUGCAAGAAAGCUAGUCAACAGACUUAAACAAAACAACGAGCAUUAUCUUGCUCUACAUUUGAGAUUUGAAAAGGACAUGUUAGCUUUCACCGGCUGCACUCAUGGUCUUUCUGAAAAGGAAGCCGACGAGCUUAAAGCACUGAGGUACGGAGUAAAGCAUUGGAAGAUUAAGAAUAUCAAAAGCAUGAAAAAACGACAACAAGGGAAUUGCCCUUUGACGCCUCGUGAGUCUGCUAUUUUUCUCCAGGCUAUGGGAUUUCCCUCGAGUACGAAGAUAUAUAUUGUGGCGGGUGAGAUCUAUGGAGAACAUGGACUCGAAUAUUUUAAGGAAAAGUAUCCUAAUGUAUCAACUCACUCUACUUUAGCAACGGAAGAUGAGCUAAAGCCUUUUAAAGACAUGCACAAUCAGCUUGCUGCAUUGGAUUAUACACUAGCACUUGCGAGCGAUGUUUUUGUGUACACCUAUGAUGGAAACAUGGCUAAGGCUAUCCGUGGACACCGGAUGUUCAAAGGGUUCGAGAAAACGAUUUAUCCCGAUAAAAGGAACUUUGUGAAGGUGUUUGAUCGACUAGACGAAGGACGUUUGAGUUGGGAAGAUUUUUCAUUACAGAUUCAUUUCUUGGUCAUCCGCCUGUACGCGAUACACAUCAGAUCGAUCUCUGUUCGUCUCCCCGAUUCCACUCUCCUGAUCUUCCGAUUCCUUAACCCAGGAUAUGGGUCUGUGGACACUAUUAGAGGGGUGUUUGCUUAUAGCAAAUGCACUAGCAGUAUUGAAUGAAGAUCGUUUUCUUGCACCUAGAGGAUGGAGCUUUCAAGAGUACUCAGGGGUGAAAAGAAAUUCCUUCAAAGGACAAAUCAUUGGUCUCAUUUAUGCAACCCAAUACUUGAGAGUUAUAUUGAUAAUGCUCAACUCCCUCUGCAUUGUGGUGAAGCUAGUUUCUGGAUAAUUAUCCAAAGUAAGUCAUUCUUCAAGGCUGGACCUAGUCACUGAAAACUCGAGUGGAUUUUGUUGAAAAUCAAAUAAUCUUUUCUGUGUAAUAGUUGCUUUUGAUCCAUAUUUCAGUUAGUGUAUUGAGUUUGCUGUAGCAUUUGUUUAAUUGUGUUAAAUCAUCUUCUUUUUUGUUAUUGUUACGUGACAAUCCACAUUUUUUGGUGAAGCAAGAAAUUUCGGUUUUUGUUGUA